GUCCGCACGAAGGCAAAUUGUCUAAUCUCACCGCGAGUAGUACACAGCAGCCGCCACCACUACCAACCGUUUCCGGCGAUUUUCCGCGAAUCCUCGUCCAGACAGACGACUCUCGAACGAAACUCUGCUUGUUUCGUUCCGCCGUGGAUAUGGGCAUCUCCUGUGACGACGCCGUUUUAAUCCAGCCGAGCAAGGUCUCUGGUGAACCCUGCGUCGUCACCGUCAAUUGCCCCGACAAGCCCGGUCUCGGCUGCGAUCUCUGCAGAAUCGUUCUCGAGUUCGGUCUAUCGAUUACCCGAGCAGAUUUUUCCACAGAUGGGAGAUGGUGUUACAUAGUGUUAUGGGUUGUUCCAUAUAGCAGCUCGCAUAAAGUGAAAUGGGAAAGCUUGAAGAAUCGUCUUCUCUCUGUUUGCCCUUCUUAUUUGGCCUCCUUUUACUACAACCAGCAAUCAAAUAAUACCUUGCACCCGUCUAUAUAUCUACUGAAAUUGUGUUGCAUCGACCAAAAAGGCUUGCUUCAUGAUGUGACAAAGGUUCUGUCCGAGCUUGAAUUUACAAUCCAAAGAGUGAAAGUUAUGACUACGCCGGAUGGCAGAGUGUUGGAUCUAUUCUUCAUAACUGAUGGAAGGGAGCUUUUACACACAAAAGAAAGGCACGAUGAGGCCUGUCAGCAUUUGAUUGCUGUUUUUGGUGAGUGGUGCAUCAGUUGCGAACUUGAGUUGGCUGGGCCUGAAUAUGGAAGUUUGCAGGGCUUCUCUUCUCUGCCACCCGCAAUUGCAGAAGAAUUGUUUUUUCCCGAGCAGUUAAACGAAGAAGCAGGCUCACAAGCACUAAAGUCGGACAUGACAAAACCAAAAAAAGCCACUGUUACAGUCGACAAUUUGUUGAGCCCAGGUCAUACCUUGCUUCAGAUACAGUGUGUUGAUCAGAAAGGACUCUUUUAUGACAUCUUAAGGACUUCAAAAGAUUGCAAUAUUCAGAUCGCUUAUGGUAGAUUCUAUUCGAGUGUGAAAGGGUUCCGGAACAUGGAUCUGUUUAUUCAGCAAACAGAUGGAAAGAAGAUUUUGGAGUCUAAGCAACAGAUUGCUUUGUGUUCUCGUCUGAAACAAGAGAUGCUUCAUCCUCUGCGAGUGAUUAUUGCUAAUCGAGGCCCGGAUACUGAAUUAUUGGUUGCUAAUCCUGUUGAGUUAUCCGGUAAGGGAAGACCCCGUGUCUUCUAUGAUGUCACAUUGGCUCUAACGAAGUUAGGAAUAUGCAUUUUCUCGGCUGAAAUUGUACGGCACUCAACAUCAGAUGGCCAGUGGGAAGUCUAUAGACUUCUUCUGGAGGAAAACCCGGAAUUCCCGUUAGCAAGCAGUAAAGCAAGAAAUCAAAUUGUGGACAGUGUUACGCGGGCAUUGAUGGGCUGGUGAGCUCACGGAGGAGACCCACACCUCACCAUGGGAACCUAAUCCUAAUUUUCUCAACUUUUGUGGUAUAUCUCCUGUUGGUUCAAAUCUAGAACAUCUCUUGCCUAGAGGACAUCCUGGUUCUCUACAGGAUUGGAAGAAGUUCCCGAUCCGGCAAAAAGCAAACUUUCUUGAGCUGUAAGGUUGGCCAUUGUAAAACUAUGCAACUGGUUGUCUUUCCAGCUUUUCAGGCUCUAGAAGCUUGUAAUCACAAAUGUAUCUUGGCAUUUAUUCGAAUAAAUGGUAGAUAUGUUAAGUUUGCAUCAAGGUGUGCCUGGUUUAAGAUUAAUCUGUAGCCGUGGAAUAUUAAUGAUAAAAGUUUUGAAUCUAAA